UUUAAGGCCAGAGCGAGCACAUAGUGAGCAGCCGAAGCACAGCCGAAGCAUUUUGGUGAACGAUGAUUUCAGUCCAGAAUCUGAGAGACUUGAUCAACAAGCGACUAACUGCUGCUGCUGAAGAAAUAUUGACGGAGUUUGAAAGAAUCAUCUUCCAGCACCAGGAGGAGAUCGACCGGCAGCGUCGACUGUUGGACGACAUCUGGAAACCAGAGAUAAAGUUAAACAUAGCAGACGUUCUACAGCAACAUGUCCAGGAGGAGAAUGUUCUUGCUGAGCAGAAUCUCUGCAACCAGGAGAGGAACUCCAGUCUGGACCAGCAGGACCCAGAGCCUCCACAGAUGAAAGAGGAGCAGGAGGAACUCUGCACCAGUCAGGAGGGAAUGCAGCCUUUACUGGUUGAGUGGACAUGUGAAGAAGCAGCCAGAGAAAUAUUUGGAGUUUCUGAUAAACCACUGAGCCAGUUGGAUAAAGAGAUGGAUUAUGAGCGCAGGCUGCUGGCUACCAUCUGGAAACCACGAGUAAUGUUACACAGAGUUGACCUCCCACAGCAACAUGUCUGUACAGAGGGAGAGGGUCUCACUAAUGGACAGCUCUGUAACCAGGAGAACAACUUUAGUCAGGACCAUGAGGACCCAGAGCCUCCACAGAUUAAUGAGGAACAGGAGAAACUCUGCACCAGUCAGCAGGGAAAGCAGAUUGUAGUGAAUCAAGCGACUGAUACCUUUCUACUGACUUCAACUGAUAAGGACAAUGACCACAGUGAAGUAGAACCAAACAGCGAGCAGCUCGUCUCUUACACUUUAGCAGUAGGUGAGAGCCCACAUCAGGACGGAAGUAAACAUGUAGACCCAGAGUCAACUAGAAAUGCUGCGCUGAAGCCAAAGAAGAGUCACAAGAGAAAGAGCAGUCACAGUAACAAUGUGGACAAAUCUUCAUUGUCAGGAGUUCACAAUGAUACUGAUGCAGGUAGAAAGUCUGUAAAAUGUGAUGUUUGUGGAAACACCUUUGUGAAUAAGUGCCAACUCAAGAGGCAUCACCAAAUCCACAAAGGUGUAAAACCACAUUCUUGCAAUACAUGCGGAAAAAGUUUUAGUUUCCGGUAUGAUCUGAAAGUCCAUAUGAGAACUCACACAGGUGAGAGGCCAUAUUCUUGUGAAACAUGUGGGAAAAGUUUCAAGACAAGUAGUAAUCUGACUGCCCACAUGAAAACUCACACAGGUGAGAAACCUUAUUCUUGUGAAACAUGUGGGAAAAGUUUCAGUGAACGUGGUAAUCCGACUGUCCACAUGAGAACUCACACAGGUGAGAAGCUGUAGUCCUGGAACAUCAGUGAGAUCAAACCUUGAAAAAGCACGCAUUCGUUCACAUCGUUCAGGGUAAAAGUAGGUCUUUUAGUUUUAAAGCGCCUUUAGACCACUUCAACAAUGAUUCUGUGAGUUUAUUACAUGUCAGACUAUGACGGAUGGAUCUUUUAAAAUCUGUCAACCUGCUCGAUGGAUACUGGGCAACUUUUACAGAAACACAUUAAUGUCAAUUUUGAUUUAAUUAUUUUAGUAACCCUCAUGUUCAGUUCAUGUGUGUGUGAAUUGGUUGCAUUCCAGUUCAACUUCAGUCUGUAUUUCUGUGGUGGGUCUUUCCAGAAAAGAAAAGGAUUUGUAAAGAAAAGAAAGAACUUGAACUCAUUUCUGUUAUGUUGUAAAAUGUGGAAGUAACAGACGCGACUGGUUUCAUAUCAGAUAAAACUUCAGCUUUCUCUGAGACAGUUUAAUUCAAAAGUUCAACUUGUAGAGACUUCACUUUGCUUCAGAACAGUUUGUUCAGAUCAGAUGACUUUGAUGUAACACACUUGAAGUUUUUCUUUGUGAGUGCUGUACUGAGAUGUGUUGUAAUGCAGCUGUCUAAUAGUAUGUGUUGUAUUUUAUUUAGAUGUGCACUGAAACGCAGAUUAUUCACUUCCUUUCGUUCAUUUUUGUUGGUAAUUUCAGUUUAGCUUGCUGAUAAAAUGUUGACAAUACAUGGUUUUGGUGUGACUGAAUUGACAAAUUUUACUUCCAAAGUAAAAGUACUUCACUCAUUUUUUUGUAUUCUGAAAUGCAUUAUCCAAAUAAAAAUGCCUUGUCUUGCCUUUUA